AUGACGAGGCUGGCCACCAUUUCUUCCUGCUUUUGGCCCGUCUGGCAGUCCAUUGAGACCCGCUACUGCUUUAGGGUCGACUUAGUUCCAGACCUUGCAUAUUUGAUUUUUACUUCUCCUUGGCUGGAGGGCUCUGCUACAACCAAGUUAUGCCAGAUCCUCAGUCAGGCAAAGAAGCAUCCAAAUUUAGUCCCCCUUCUCAUAUUUAUUGGGGUAGCAGGUACUGGAGCAGCGCUGUAUAUCUUGCCCCUGGCAUUGCACAAUCCAGAUGUCAGUUGGGAUAGGAAGAAUAACUCAGAACCCUAAAAGACUGGGUCCAGUGAUCAAUACAAGUUGUACUCAGUGAAUGUAAAUUACAGCAAACUGAAGAAAGAAGAUCUAGACUUCUAA